AUUUCAUUAAAUUUAUAGUCUAUAGUGAUCUGUGCAUUAAAUAUUAAUUCAUUUUCCGAGAAAAUAUGAUAUGGUUGUUUACAAAUACAAAUUACAUUUUUUAGGUUAUGUUUGUGUGAUUUAUUGUUCGUUAAAUCAGCUACUUUAAAACUAAAUAAAAUAAAUAUCUUUAAAACCGGAUUCAUUCCUCAUGCCGGGCCCAGACCUGCUUUCCAGUCAAGGGCUCCGUCUAGAUGGACGGAGGCCUAAUGAAUUGCGUCGUAUAAGGUGUAAACUUGGGGUAUUCACACAACCUGAUGGGAGCGCGUACUUAGAACAAGGGAAUACUAAAGUGCUAGCCGCCGUCUAUGGACCACAUCAGGCUUCUAAAUCAAAGAGUUCAACAGAAGCAGUGGUUGUAAACUGUCAGUACAGCAUGGCCACAUUUUCCACAGGUGAAAGAAAGAACCGUCCGCGAGGUGAUCGCAAGUCGCUGGAGAUGUCGCUCCACCUGCGCCAGGCUCUGACUGCAGCCAUCAAAACGGAGCUGUAUCCACGCUCACAGAUAGACAUUUAUAUUGAGGUCUUACAGGCAGACGGCGGCGCGUACUGCGCGAGCGUGAACGCCGCGACGCUGGCGCUCGUGGACGCGGGCGUGCCGCUGCGCGCGUACGUGUGCGCGUGCACCGCGUCCAUGGCGUGGCACGGCGGCUCGCCCGCGCCGCUGCUGGACGUGGGCCACGUGGAGGAGGCGGCCGGCGGGGUCGUGCUCACCGUGGCCAGCCUGCCCAGCACUGGUAGCAUAGCUCUACUGGAGAUGUCACACAGACUGCACAGUGAUUAUUUCGAGAAUGUUUUAAGCAGAGCAUUGCAAGGAUGCCGAGAUAUAGAGGUAAUCCUCGACAAAGCGGUGAGAGAUCACUUGGCGGAAGGCUGGACGAAGCAGGAUGUUGUUACAGUAUGAAAUAAAUUUUAUAUACUAAG